UUUAACACGUUACUUCCUUUUUAGCGACAGCUGGCAGAGAAUCAGGAAGUAAACAAACGCAAUGACUCUCAACGAGUGAUGUUCCUGUGUUUGUUUGCUAGCUUUUUAAGAUAAUGUCGUUUUUUUGUGUUAUUUAAAUAACACUUAUGAUUAAACCAUUGUUUCCAUAAUCAUUUUGUGUAGUAAUGCAACGCUGUGUCUAGUCUUGACAAGACGGACUGGUGCUACUCGUGCAACGAUGGGGGUUACCUCCUCUCAGCAGGUCCUGAUCGCGUUUUCUUUGGUGAUGUUUGCCUUCGUGAUUUUCCCUAGAAUGUCCGGAGGUGGAACUAAAGAUGCGAGAGCGUUCGAUGCCCAUCAGCCAAGAAAAGUUGAGCUGGGCCCUGGAAGAGGGCACCAUUCCAGCAUGAAUGCAGACGGCUCUAAGAGCCAAUCAUUUGAAAGCAUGCAACAAAUGAGAAAAGUCAUGGAGCAAGAAAUGAAGAACGGAAAAUACAAGGCAAACAACAAAGGAUUUGUGUUCACACUUAUGCCACUCUAUGCAAUUGGAGUUGCUGUCUUUGCAGUGUACAAGUUUCUUAAGAUAAAGUCACAAGACGAGACGGGAGCAGUCAAGAGGGAAACUUCUAAAGGGACCAGAAAGCCGGAAGACACAGAAAAUCAACUGCAUGAACUGGAGCAAAGGCUGUCCCAGACGGAAAAGAUGCUGAACUCCAUACUGACCCAGCUAGAUCCAUUAACAAACUGUGUUGAAUCCGUGGCCUCUGAACAGAAGAACGAGAUCAUGGCGCAGCUCCAGUCCAUCAGACAGCUGAUGAGAAAGCGAGGCAUGAAUAGACCCCAGCUAAACACUGAAGAACCAACAUGCGAUAAGAAGCUUGAAGACCUCAUCCAGUCACUAAAGGAAAGUGAGACCGAAUGCAAUGCGAAGGAGGGUGAGGAGAUCAGUGAUAGCGAAGAAAAUCUGUUGGAGGAUCCCAAUGCAGACGAAGUUCUGAGUGACAUUUGUGAAAAUGAAGAUGAUGAAUCUAAAGAGGACGAUCUCAGCGUCGUCUCCAGUGAAACUCAAAAUGAAGAUGUGGAGGCUACUCAAAGUGUCUCUGAAGAGCUGGAGGAGAGGGGACUACGAAGGCGUAACAAGCGUGAAUGAUCAGUGGUGUAUUCUGCUUUUAGAAAUACUAUUUUAAAGAAUUUGCCUUUUUCUUAGAUGGUGAAAAAAAAAGCAUAAUAUUGCAGGUAUCAGUAGAGCUGUGCACUAUUAACAUGGUUUUAUAUAUUUUGAAUGUACCCUAUCUGAGCUGCAUGGCACAAUAAUGAAUCUGCACUGGGGAUGCAAUCUGGAGAAAUUGGGCUUCAUCUAUUUAUUCAUUUUUAAUUGUAAAGAUUGGGUUCCUGCAGGCUGUAAAACAAAAUACAAUAUAUUUUCUUCAGGGAAAACUAGAGAACUAAACAAAAAUGCUUUUUUUUCCUUUUUAGCAGUUCUUCAUUUCUACAGGUUGAUGAGGACACUAUUGAGAAUCAGAAUCUGAGGGUAUACAGUACCCAUCAUACAUGCACUAUUGAGAAUCUGAGGGUAUACAGUACUCUUCAUACAUGCAUUAUGUGAAUGUUGGUCAUGGUGUUUUACUUCUUCCUUGUUUUCUGUAAUAUAAAUGAUGUGCAUUGUUGCAGUUAAACUGUUUUGCUGUAUACCAUUGUAUGUCUUUGUGUAGGUUAAAAAGCACAUCUAUAGCAUUGUCUGCUGUGCAUCUUGUAUAGAUCCUGCUCAUU